AUGCGCACCGGUGAGGAUCUCGAGCUGCCUACGACCGUCGCCGAUUUUGCUUCGUCUAUGGAGUUCGGAGACGGGCUGGGCAUCAUGAUUCUGGAGGUGCCUGCGGCUGUCUCCAAGAAGCCAAUCAGCGGAAAGGAUGGCGCCAAGCUUCUUGAGCUGUGCCUGGGUGAGGAAUAUGGGCUA